AGCUACUACUCACCAUGUACAAAGGCAAAAUCUUGCAAAAAAUCAAAUCGGUGGCAGAAGCCCAUAAGAAUAAAAUCAAAGAUGAGUCCUUCCGUAAGUAACACAUGAGCGCGCUGCCACAAAUAAGUUAUAGUGUAAACAUCGAGUGCAUGGAUUGUAAAAAACUCGGACAUCUCAACAAGGCAUACCAUGAAUGCAAGUUUUACAAAGCAGUUCUGCGGCUGAUGACAAGUUUAUGUUUGCUUAACGAACGCAAUUUAGUUGGAAGUAGCGGCAAGAAACAAGCAAAAACAACUGGAGAUAUCAAGUGCAUCAGUUGUGACUUAAAGGGUCAUUCUGCUUCUCAUUCCCUUGAAUGGAAAAGUUGCCAAGGGUUAUGCGACCCAACUCGAACAAUUCUGUAAGGCUUCGACUUCAAAAAGUUUGGCUU